GGGCCGCUUACUUAAAGGGGCCGCUGGAACAUCGGCUCUGAGACUUGGAGCUGGGGUCCGGCGCGGCAUGUGGCAGCCUCGCUGGAGUCAGGGAAUUGACAGUGAGGAGCCCAAUUGCGACUGCCCUUAGAGACAUGUGGCGGACGCGGCUACCGCACCUACCCUUGCUGCUGGCUCUGCUGCUCUGCUACCCCUCCUUGCAGACCAGGAGAGGCGACUGUCCGGCCCCCUGCCUGUGCGAGGACGAUGGUGUGUUGGUGCGAGUGGACUGCUCGGACCGAGGGUUGACCACCAUCCCUGCAAAUCUCAGCAGCCUCACCUCCUACCUAGACCUCAGCAUGAACAACAUCACUGAGCUGCCCCAGAAAGGUCUCCACAACAUCCAUUUCUUAGAGGAGCUGCGUCUUGCCGGAAAUGACUUGACAAACAUCCCCACGGGAGCAUUUGACGGUCUUUACAACCUUAAAGUCCUCAUGUUGCAGAAUAAUCAGUUGCAGAAGGUUCCCGAGGAGGCACUACAGAAUUUGCAGAGUCUCCAGUCACUGCGACUGGAUGCCAAUCACAUCUCCAUUGUGCCAGCAAGCUGUUUCGACGGCCUGGAUUCACUGAGGCACCUGUGGCUGGAUGACAAUGCUCUGACAGAUAUUCCCGUCAAAGCCCUGAGCACUUUGCCUUUCCUGCAAGCCAUGACCUUGGCACUGAACAGAAUUACUCACAUCCCAGACAAUGCAUUUGGGAACCUUUCCAGCUUAGUGGUUCUGCAUCUCCAUAACAAUCACAUCCGCUCCCUGGGAAAAAAAUCCUUUGAUGGUCUCCACAGCCUCGAAACUUUAGACUUGAACUAUAACAAUCUGGAUGAAUUUCCUGUUGCUGUGAAGGUUUUAGCCAAUCUCAAAGAACUGGGGUUUCACAGCAACAACAUAGAGUCGAUCCCUGAUCAUGCAUUCUCUGGCAAUCCGUCACUUGUAACAAUCCACUUCUACGACAACCCCAUUCAGUUUGUUGGCAAGUCAGCUUUCCAACAUUUACCUGAGUUACGCACACUCUCACUUAAUGGAGCCACAAAAAUAACAGAAUUUCCUGACCUUAUUGGAGCCAUAAAUCUGGAAAGUCUGACUUUGACGGGAACACAAAUUACAUCCCUUCCAAGCACCAUUUGCAAGCAGUUACCAAAUCUUCAAGUCUUAGAUCUGUCUUACAACUGGAUCGAGCAACUACCAAGUCUCUACGACUGCCGAAAGCUUCAGAAGCUUGACCUGCAUCACAAUAAGAUUAAUGAAAUCCAGCAGGACACUUUCUGGCAGCUCACCGCCCUGCGAUCACUUGACCUCAGCUGGAACAAGAUUGCAUUUAUUCAUCCGGAAUCAUUUAUUUCUUCACCAUCCUUAAUCAAACUUGAUCUCACCUUCAACCUCUUGACAUCUCUUCCUCUGUCUGGGCUAAGUGGCUUAACACACCUGAAAGUAACAGGCAACCAGGCUCUGCAAGACUUGCUGCCUGUUGAGACCCUCCAAAACUUGAGGCUGCUGGAGAUGCCAUAUGCUUACCAAUGCUGUGCCUACAGCUCUUGUGAAGGUUCCUACAAACUUGCACAUCAGUGGGAGGAGAUGGAGAGAAAUAGUGAUGAUGAAACUCAUAAACGGGAUGCUGGAAUGCUAUCAGGACAAGAUGAUCAAGAACUCGAUGAUUUAUUAAUGGAAUUUGAAGAGGAUCCAAAAAUCCAUUCUGUCCAAUGCACUCCAACACCAGGACCCUUCAAGCCUUGUGAACAUCUGUUUGGCAGCUGGAUGAUACGCCUUGGUGUAUGGACCAUUGUUUUGCUCUCUCUGGUUUGCAACGGCUUGGUUGGCACAACCAUAUUUGGAUCUCCAGCACCUAUUUCCCCACCCAAACUUCUCAUAGGUCUGCUGUCAGUGGCAAACACGCUAAUGGGUCUCUACAGUGGUAUAUUGGCAAUUGUGGAUCUAUUAACAUUAGGCAGAUUCGCAAAAUACGGAGCGCGAUGGGAGAAUGGAAUUGGCUGUCAAGUUGCAGGCUUUCUCUCAGUCUUUGCUUCCGAGCUGUCCAUUUACCUCCUCACGGUUGCAACUGUUGAACGCAGCCUGUCCUCAAAAUACGAUACAAGGCAAGGGAAAACCCUAGGUAGUGUCAAGGUAGCAUCAAUGUUUUGCAUGAUUCUGGCAUGCGUCGUUGCAAUGCUUCCUCUGUUCCACAUUGGAGAUUACAGCAUUUCUCCACUUUGCUUUCCUUUACCCUUUGGAGAAUCCUCCACUUUAGGCUUUCUUGUGGCUUUGGUCCUGUUGAACUCCCUUUGCUUCCUUGUCAUGACGAUAACCUACACAAAGCUCUACUGCGGUUUGGAAAAGGGAGACUUGCACAGCUUUUGGGACACUUCGAUGGUCAAACAUAUUGCCUGGCUGCUGUUCACCAACUGCAUUCUAUAUUGCCCUGUGGCUUUCCUGUCAUUCUCCUCCUUGCUGAACCUCAUGGUUAUUAGUCCUGACGUAGUCAAGUCAAUACUUCUCGUGAUCCUCCCAUUGCCUGGAUGCCUGAAUCCCUUGCUCUACAUUCUUUUUAACCCGCACUUCAAAGAUGAUCUCGGACUGCUGAGAAAGAAUAGGCGUUUGCAGAAGAGAUCGAAGCAGAGAAGCUUGGCCUCCAUAAACUCAGAAGAUGCCGAGAAGCAGUCUUGUGAUUCCACUCAAGAACUAGUGGCACGUCUCGGCAUCCACACCGCCUCUGGCACAUCCUGUAACUCAGUAAACAACUUUCCAGUGCAGACCACAUACCAGAUGAUGGAGACCUGUCAACAAGCAUCAGGAACGUUUGCUCACUGCCACUAAUGCAUUCAAGAUGAAACUGUUCCAGACAUUUUUUUUU